AUGCUUGACGGUCGAAGCGCAGGCCAGGAGCUGAGAGGCGCCACAAGCUCAGCUUAUUCGCUUUGGCCUCGCUUCCAUCUCCGCCAAAACUCCCGGCGCGCAGCGACCAGCCACUUACAACAAUCGAUCGAUGAGGCUCGCAUCGGCAGCGGCCAGCUUGCCUGCUCCUCAAUAUCAUGUUGCUGCUCAAAGGCCAGGUCAACGCAUGUGGUGACAUGCCCCGCGGAGCAGCUCCAAAUUGAAACUGGACGGGCUGAUCUGGGUCGAGCUCAGGGCCUUGCGGCUUGGCGGUCAGGCUCUCAGAGCAGAGCCCGGAAGCCACCGUCGUCUCCGCCGCCGUCGGCGGGGCAGACCCAGCAGCAGCAGCCGCAGCAGCACCUGCAGGCUCAGCGGCAGCGAAAAGAACCCCUGCAAGACGGUCCUUUACCGCCGGGUGUUUCUUCUGCGGCGGCUCCUGUCCCGGCCCCGGGUCCUGCCGCCGGCGAAAGCCGCUCCUCUUUCCCACAACCCACAGGGGGCCUCCAGGCGGGGUUUCGGAGCACCACUGGUGUACGGCAGUCAGCAACAGCAACAUCAGAUGCAGCUGCAACAGGAGGGGAAGGGGCCGAUGCGGGUCUGGUUUCGGAGGGCAGUGGCCCGGAGGGCCUGGGUUUAGUUGCGAGUCUUGCAAACAUUGGCCAGCUUCCUGCGCAGCAACGAUCACUACAACCGCCGCCGCAGCAGCAGCUGCAGCAACAACAGGAGGGCGCGAUUGGGGCCCGCUCCUCUGACUCGUCUUCCUCCUCUUCAGCUUCGUUCACCUCCACCUCUGCUUCCGCUGCACGGAAUGCCGCCGCCUGGCCCCUGGAUGCACCCCUGCUCACCCACCGCAUCGGCGCCUGUAGCUCCUGGCGUGAGCUCAGCUCGUUAGUGUCGCAGCACGCGCCGCGGAUGAAUGCCGUACAUGUGACGGCGGUUGCGACGCGUCUGGCGCGCUUCUCGCCUCCGCUGCCCGCUGUCCGCGACGACGGUGGCGGCGGUGGUGGUGUUGACGCCGAUGUGAGUGGCGAUGGUAAUAGCGUUGAGUCGCAGCAGCAGCGGCGGCGCUUCCGCCAGAUGCGGCGAUGGCAACGAGGGCAGGAGGAUGAGGAGCUGCACGAGUGGAUGAGCUUCGUUCGUUCGAUACUGGCUCUAGUCGAACGUCACGCGGCGAUACUAGAUGCCCGGGGCAUCGCCAACAUCAGCUGGGCGCUGGCGAGGGCGCUGCCGGCGCCGCUGCUGCAACCGCCGUCGCCCGUUGUGGCGGCAGUGGCAGUAGCCGCCGGUGCGGAAGUCGGUUCUUCAGAGACUGGGGGCCAGUGCGACAUGGGCACCGCCGCCGCCGCCGGCGUCGCCGCUGGGAUGGGACCACGUCGGGGUGAGGACCGCGCCGUUGGAUUAAGGCGCCGGCGGCACCACGGCGGCGAUGGGGUGGCUGGGGAUGAGGGCGAUGGUAGUGGGGAGUGGCGGCAGCCUGGUGGGAGCUGUACGGCUGGUGGCGGGGGAGAGGCGCCAGCUGCAGUUCGGUUUAGCGCGUUGCGGGCUGCCGCCCGCCAUACCGUCGGUCGCCUGCUGGCUCUACCCGCCGCUGACCCGGGGGAGUGGAGUAAAACGCGCGAGCGUGAAAGCUGCCGCAGCGGCGGCGGCAUCAUGACGCCGCGGCACAUUGCUAAUGCGAUGUGGGCGGCGGCGUCGUUGGGGGUUCUGUCCGCGCCUGGGCCUGAGGGGAGGGAGGCAGCGGCGGAGGGGCUUGUACGACAGGGAAGUACGCAUGGUGGCGGCAGCGGCGAUGUCGAGGGGCCCCGACGGUGGGUGAUGCGUGCCCUGGCGGCGGCACGCGGCGCGCUGCGUACGGGGGGCUUUACUGAGGAGGGAAUUUCGCAGUUGGUAUGGUCGGUUUCGGAGCUGGGUCUGACGCCCGACGCGGCAUGGAUGGAGGAUUUCUACGGCGCGGCCCGACGCCAGGCUUCGGAGCUGUCGGCGCACAGCGCUGCGAAUGUGCUGCUGUCGCUGGCGAACAUGGCGACGGCGGCCGCCGGGGGUCAUCGUGACGGCGACGACGAUGUCGACGAUGACGCCACUGACACCCCCGCCGGCCUGGCGGAGUCGCAUCUCACCGGGCGUCGGAACAGGAUUGACAGCGGUCGUGCCAACAGCAGCGGAGCCGUUGCGGCCACCGCCCCUGCCGCGGUUGCUUUCCUGCUACCCAGCGACAGUUGGCUCCUCAGCUUCCUCGUGGACACCGCCCCCUCCCUGGAGUCCGCAGAUCCCGUAUCCUUAGCCAACAGCGUCUGGGCGCUGUCAGUGCUCAUGCGUGUACGGCGAUCUCAGCUGGCGGCGGCGUCGCCGCUGCCGCGAUCUCUUUCACCGCCGCCACCUAGCUGCUGGCUGCGCCAUUUGUACGGUGCGCUCUCACAGCCCGCGACGUUGCGUCGCUUCACGGACGCGCAGCUGGGGCAGUUGGUUUGGUCGUUGGCGGAUUUAUCAGAUGUACGGCCAGGCGGCCUGCCCUUGGUUCCGUCUGCGGGGAUGUUUGGGCUGGUGGCGGCGGAACUCAGGCGGCGGCUGGUGGCCAUGGCCGACAAGCACUUUGCCAUGGCGAGCUGGGGCAUGCAGCGCCUGCAGUUGCGAUUAGAGCAGCGCCAGCAUCUGCUACAGCUGCGGCAGCUCGAGGAGGAGUUGCUACAGCUGCGGCCGGAGGUGGAGGAGCUGCCGCGUCGAAAGCGGGGACUUAUCGCAGCUGCAGCCGCAGCAGCGGCGGACAGGGAUCCGGAUGACCAGCAGCAGGAGCAGAAGCAGCUGGCGAGCCAUGUACGGCAUUCGUACGGCCGGGAGCUGGCGUCGUCCGCAUACUCGGAUGGCCAGAACGCGGACUGGUCGUCGGCGUGGUUGGCAGCUGCUGAGAAAAGGAUGCCGUACAUGGCGGACCGCUGGUUGCUGCUGACGUUGCAGGUGGCGGCGGCGUCGGGGGAAUGCUUCGCGACGGCGGCGUCUGCUAGCAGCGGAGACGGCGAUGCAGUUUUGGCUUGGUUUGCCGUCGCUACAGACGCGGUGCUACUGCCGCCACGUCGGCGGAUGGGACAUCUCCCGACACCGGCUGGAACCGAUAUGGGUCGGCAGAGUCAACAGCACUGCGGCGACAGCCGUAUGGCCGCCGGCUCCUCCGCUACAGCCGUUUCCGCCGCCGCCGCUACAGCUAUUGCUUCGCUGGGGCAGCUGCUUGAUGAUCAACCGCCGAGUGGCGACGGGGUAGCAGCGGCGGCGGCAACACAGGGCGGCGGCAGUGGCGGUACGAAUCCCAGCGGUACGACACCGGCGCUGGACGGCGUUGGUCCCGACUCCAGAACGACCGCGAGCAGCAGCAGCAGUAGCAGAAGGCGACGACGGCUGCUGCCAAGGCUGUUGCAGGCGCUGCUGCUGGCGGCUGAGGCUUGCUUGCCGCCGGGACCGGCGCUGAGCGCGGUUAUGGCGGCCGCGGCGGCGGAGGUGCUGGCGGCGACAUUAGCAGUACACCCCAGCGGCAGCGAAGGCGGCGGCGGUGGUGGCGCCGAGGAGGCGACGUCGUGGACGGUGACUGAACUGUUGCGAUGCGGCGCGGCGCUGGCGCGGGCGGGCUAUGAGCCGCCGCCAGCCUGGCGACAGGCGUUUUUUGGGCGAGUGCUACAGCUCGCGGGGGUGUCGACGGCAGCGGCGGCGCCGCCGCCUCAGGAGCUACGGCCUAGCCACCCGGGGUUCGCCGAAGCGACCGUGCCGUCGGAGUCAGACCGUUACGCCGCUGGGUUGCCUGAUCAGGCGUCGAGCGCUACAGCAGGAUCGGCGGACGGGCCUGACGGCGAGGAUCAAGGCCCUGAGCAGCAGCAGCGGCGGCGGCGGCAACAGCCGCUACGCCGCCACCGCCACGGGCACCACCUGUCCGCGUCUGACGUGGGUUUGCUGCUGUCGUGCUCGCAGAGGUGGGCUGCGACAGCCAGCGACGCUACCUUGGCGGCCCUUCUGUACGGCGUGCCGUACGAGCUUUGGACCCCUCGCGCGGCGGCGUGGGUAUGUCGCCUGCUAGCGUCACAGGUCACGACACAACAGCCUCAGCUACAGCAACAGGGGUUGAUGCAGCAGCAAAAGCAGUUGUCACCGUUCGAGCGCAACACGCAGGGAUUGGAACAGGGCUCAGCGCAUCCGCUGCCGGAUCAGCUACAGCCGUCGCUGCCGCCGCCGUCGCCGCCCCCGCAGCAGCAGCAGCCGUGCGACGAGGGCGUGGCCCACAACAACAAUAACAACAACAGAAUUACCAGCGGCAGCGGCAGCGGCGGGUCUGCAGGGCUUAAGGCAGCGGAUCCAUUCCGGUGCGAAGGGCCUGCUACUGCAUCGGAAGCGUUGCAGGAUCCGUCACUGACGGCAGCCUCACCGGCCUCGCCGCUAUUGGACCAGUCGUCUGCGGAGCUGGAUCCCGCAUGUACUCAGCCCGCAGCGAUUCAAGGACCGCCGCCGGCGGCACCGCCGCCGCCGUUGCCAGAGGGUUCCGUACUCGCGUCGUCGGCAGCGGCCGCGGCGGCAACUAGCAGCGCUGCCGCUGCAAAACUCGACUGGGACGUGGAUUCGGACGUGGAGGACUUGGAUUGUAAUACGGGUGUGAAUGGCGGAACCCGGAAGGUGGCGGUUCGCGAGUAUGAUGUGGUGCUUGUUGCACCGCGCCCUCGACCGCUGCUGCCGGGUGGCCUGAUGGCCGCUGGGACAGAUGGCAGUGGCAGUAGCAGCAGCAAUGCGCGGGGGCCCUUCCCUAAGGCCGGCGCUGCCGGCAGUUUAUCGUCCCGUGCCGGGGCUGCAGUACCGGACCUCAACGGCGACGCGGCGGCGGCGGCGUCAGACGGGCCGCUGGGGGAAGGCAAAGGCAAUGGUGGUGGCGAUGGGGACUUACCUGCGCCGGCGUCGGAGGCGGGCGCAGCGGUACUGCCGUACACACCGGGUGCCGACGGCGCCGGCGCUCGGAGAGUGGAGGUGUUGCAGCGGGGCCCUGGGCGACCAGCGGCGGCGGCGGCGUUGGUAACGGCUUCAGCGGCGGCGGCACAACCGCUGUGGCUGGCAACCGGUUUCCAGCCCGUUGGCGCACACCCACACACCAGGGGCUCCGCGAUGGCUUCCGCCACCGCAGCGUCAUCGUCGUCAUCGGCAGCCUCUUUGCCGUCUCGGCCCAUAUGUUGGUCCACCUUCAGCUUGUCGCAGCUGCUCUGGGCUGCAGCACGGCUGCGGCUACGGCCGUCGCCACGGCAACGUGCUGUACUGCGCAUCACGCUGUCGGCGGCGCUAGUGCGGUGGGCAGCACAGCCACCAUACGCUCUCAUACCGCUGCUAUGGUCCUGCCGCCGCUUAGGUGUGCCAUUGGGCGCGGGGCCGACGCGGCUACUGCGGCGGGCGCUGUUGCUACAUCCCGGGCUACAGCCGGCGGCUCUAGCCGACGGGCCGCUGUUGAUGCUGCUGGAAGCGCUCUUGGGAUGGCGGCUGGAUCCUCCAAUGGAGUGGUCCCGCCGGGUGCCGUACCGUCUGGCGUCGUGGCUGGCACGGGCGUCCCCUGCCGUGGCAAUAGCUACUGCCGCUGCGUCUCCAACCUUUGCGGGAAAGCUGGGUUUCAGAGGGGCGAGGUGGGCGGCCCGAACCGAUGCUGGAGCCGUUGGAUCUGCAGCGAAGGUCGGGAGAGACUCUGUCGGGCCCACCGAUAGCGGCGGCAGGAGUAACAGCAGCAGUAACAACAGCGGCGGUGGCGGCGUUGUCGAGGCACGGCAGCUACUGCUGGUCCUUAGAGCGCUGCGGCGAUUGCAAAAUGCGGCCCGCAGUGAGGCAGCUGGCAGCGGCGGCGACGACGACGAUACACGCCACAUCGGUUUUAGCCGCCGCGACGGUGGCCCGCAGGCGGCCCCAGGCCUACGGAUAGCAGCUGGUGGCAGCAUUGAUGCGGACGUCAGUUCUGCAGCCCCCGGCGCUCGGCCGUACUUUUUCAGGCUGCAGCUGCCGCCUCGCUGGUCGCCGUCCUGGGCACCGGUCCCGCCCUCCAAGCUCGCGACCCGUGGGUCGCGCCACGGUCGCUGCCGCAGCACUCCCGCCGCCACUUUGACACCGCUCGACGACGCGCUGUGGCCGGAGCUGUGGCCCAUGCUGAGGAUUGCUGUACGACAGCGCUUGACGGAGGUCUUUGGCUUGACGCCAGGGGUGGCGGCGCCGCCAGCUACGAGUCCGCGAGAGCGCCUGGCGGCGUUGAUGUGCGGCGCCGCGUGCGGGCUCGUAGACUGGGAGGCUUGGGGCGUAGCGGCGAUGCGUCGGCUGGCUGGCGAGCUGCCACCCCGGGACUACCACGCUUGGCUGGCGCUGGCGGUGGGCCUGCAGUUCCGUGUGACCCGUGGGACGCUUGAGGACCUGCUGCUGGCAUGGUGCAUCGCCAGCGGGCCGCAGCUGGACGCUAUGUCUCCGCGACAGCUCCAUACUACGCUGCGCCUGGCAGGGCGCGUGGCAGAGACGUUGCUACAGCCGCUGAGCUUCGAUUGGGUGUCCGUGGCGCUACGGCGCUACAGCCGCUGCAUCACGGCGCUGCCGCCGGCGCAGCUGGCGCAGGUGCCGGCGGUGCUACGGCGGCUGCGGCGACUGCCGCCGCCGCAGUGGCAGGCAUCGUACGCGCAGUUGGUGGUACGGCAUGCGCUACCGUACAUGUCGGGCCGCAGCGCCCAGGCAAUGCUGCGCGCCGCCGUCGGGCUAAGCUACGCCUCCGAACGCCACAGAUUCACGCAGAUGCAGAUGCAGGACUGA